UAAUAUUGAUGUUGCAUUUUAAAUAAAUAAACAAAAAUACUUCAUUAAUAUAUGAUAUGUACAAUAUCAUCAAACAAAUUUCAACAAAUAUAAAUUUUCAAAAUAGAAAUUAUAUACAUAAAAUUGAUAUUAGAUAUAUAUCUUUAUAACAUAUUUUAUAUUUUAAAUAUUAAUUUAAAAAUAUAAAUAUAUCUACACAGAUCUACGGAUUAAUAUCUUGUUCAUUAAAUUAAAUGAGAUAACCACAUAGGAGAAUCCAAAGUAAAACACGAAAGCGCCAUGACGUUAUUCACGAUGUAUGGUUAUGUGCAAAUUAUUACUGUGAUUUUAAAAUGUUUAUCUUUAGACGUGUUUAACUUAUAUUAUGAUCUCAAGUAGUUAUACGUAUAUUUUGUUCAAAAUGUACGUAUACGUAUAACACGAAUUCAUAGAUAAAACGUAUUAAGAAUUAAUGGCACACAUGAUGAGGUUGACUAUUAUGUAUUUUUGUGAAUCAUGUAAUUUUUUAUUUUAUUUUAUCGUCGUCACAAAAGGACGAAGAGAUUAGCGAUGAUAAGAUAUUUAUAAGCAGUUACAAGCAAAUUAAAGAAAAUAAUCCCGUUGAUAGUUUUUUUUUUUUUUUUUAAUCUACUCUUUCUCAUUAUAUAACUUUUCCAAAAUAUUUUUACAUCACAAAAAAACGUAAUGAAAGGUAAAGAAAGAGCAUAAGAAGAAAAAAUGAUGAUUUAAAAUGAUAGAAAGAACAUAAGAGAAGAUGCCUUCAAUGAUUUUAGAGAAAAAGAGCUAUGGCUGGAAGUAUUGGAACCAAAUGAUAGUUGAAUCAACGUAAUGAAUUUUUAAAGUAAGCGCCUACAAAGAGAGUAUUUAUUGUGUUACGUGUGCAACUAUUUUACAUAUAAUCAAUACAUCCAAGUCCUUGAUUUUUUUUCCAACAUGAUUUGCACUUGUUCCAUUUGAUUUGAAUUAAUCUAAUAAAUAUUUAAAUAAAAUGGGUCCUAAUAUCUGUAAAUUUAAGAAAAAUAUCACUCAUCUGCUUACGAGUCUCGUGUUACUUGAAAGCUUACCCUUCAACUAAUACGAGAAAAUAAAUUGAUAAAAAGUAGGAGAAUGACAGAUUAACAGUGCUUAAUUAGGUUUUUAAUAUCCAAUUAACAAAACGAUAUAGCAUCUUACAGUUGUCAGAAAGUUGAGGAAAACGUGAACUACCAAAAAUAAAUUAAUCCAGAUUCGUUUGACAUCGUAACCUGACAUUCUCACUUCUCACAGUGCUAUUGAAUUUUACUAUUUGAUUUUUUUUUAUCAAAUUACUAUUUGAAUUCAUUAUUGACUAUUUUGACUACAUAUAUAGCUUCAAUUGCUCCAGUCAUACCACAAUGUUCACAUAUCACAUUCAUACUAAUUUUCGUAUCAACUACCAAAAUCUAAAAUUUAAGGGAAUCAGUUAAAAGAUAUCAGUUAAGUAGUAGUAUAGGCAUGAGCGGAUAUCCGAAAAAAAUCUCACUAUUUGUGAUCCGAUUCGUCUUAUACAAAUGUUUAAGUUUUUGAUCUGCUUCGAUUCGUAAGAUUUUAAGUAUUCGUAAAUUUAAAUAUUUGUGACUAUUUCAAUUACUCGCGGAUUAUCCGCUCCGUUUCGUAAAUGAUUAGAAUAAAAAUUAAUAAUUAUUACAUAAUAAAAAGUCCAAAAUAAUAUAAAAUAAUAAUAUAAAAAUACAAAAUAAAAAUAUUUUUUACUUUUAAAAAAUUUAAUAACUAAAAACUUAAUUUAAUAAAAAAUUUAUAAAUUUUACAUAAAAUAUAAUAAUUAUAUAAUUUGUAUAUAUAAUUUUUUAAAUAUAUGUACGGAUCAGAUAUCUGUUCCUAAACUUUUAGUAUUUGUGAUUUGUUUCAUCUCUUACAAAUAUUGCAUAUCAGUAUUUGUUUUUAUUCGUAGAGUUACAGAUAUCCAGAUUUUCUGGUUCGGAUCGAAACGAAUAACGAAUCGAAUCAAAAUUUACUGUUAUUUUGUCUAAUCCUAGUAUCAGUAUGUAUACAGUUUAGGCGAUAUGUCCUCCUUCAUGGCUAUGCACAAAAAGGCGUGAAAAAGAGCUUAGAAACGCCCUUUAUAAAGCUAAAGUUAAACUAGCCGAGAAUAUUGUUUUAGACUUCUAGUACAACGCUAUAGAAGCUUUAUUCUCAGCUAAAUCUCAUUUACAUGCGAUUCUUUAUCAAUUAGUGCUUCGUACCUUUAUACUAUUUUUUUUUACACAACUAUUUUAGUUAUAAAACAAUCAGAGACGGCUUAAGUAGAAGGAGUUCCAUGUGCGCCCGGUGGGAUUUAUUUAAUUUUAACGGCCGAUCGACUAAUUUGUGGUCUGAUGGUUUUAGGCUCACACCAUCCUUACACAAGGUCAAAGGUUCAAGGCUUGAUCACAACACUUUAUUUUUGUUGUUAAUAAACUCUUAACUGGUCCCCAAAACAAUAUUUUGUUUUCAUCCCUUUUUAUAUCUAGACUCGCUUUGAGAGAACAAUAUAUUAAAUAUAUAUUUUCUAAGUAAAUAACCUAUCAGAUAGUUUUUUUAAGAAAAUAAGUGAAAAGUAAAUUCAAAAACACUUUUUGUAUUUUUUUUAUAUAGAUUUUAGUUUCUUCCCACAUUUAAUACAGUGAGUUUAAAUGUUUGAAAGAUAAAUUAAACAAUUUUUUACAUGUUUAAAAAAAAAUUGUUCUGAAAUGAAUAUUGUCAAUUUUGUAAUAGUUAAAAAGAUAUAUGGUGAGACUUGAUGUUAAUUUGCUAGAGAUAUCAUGGUAGACCAAAAGCCUAAAGAUUAAAUCUAAAGAUAUGUAAUAUGUAACUUUGUGAGGUAAACAUUAUAAAAUCCUUAAAAUAUAUUAACUUAGUUGAUAAAUUUACCAUCGGAAAAUGUCAUGGUGAAGCCAAGGACAUGACAUGAGAUUUGGUAGUGAUCAUUGGUAUAAUGAUAUCACAUGUUUAGUCAUCACAAACUUUUUCAAUAACGGUAUAAAUACGAAAAUUGCUCAGAACAUAACCACAUUUGGAAUUUCAUACUUAGAAUUAUCUAGUCGUCAUGGAGUUGAAAGUGAUUUGAUCAAAUAACCAAUGACAUCUCUUAAUGGAUACAAACACACCCAUAUAUGUAGCUAAAUAUAUGAUUAGGUUAACCAACUUAUAUAAGAAAUUAAUAUUAGUUAGCAAAAAAAACUUAUAUAAGAAUAUAUAAGUUUAUCUAAAAUAUUCAACACGGUUGGAUCGGCUAGGUUGACAUGCUCUUUGCGUCGGUAGUUACUUGACUGUGUUUUACCGUACCGUAACUAACUGUACCAUCGGCGAUAACAUUUACAUAUAAACAAACUAGUUUUAUUUAUAACAGGCUAAACCAAAAUAAUUAACCUGGUCUAAAAUAAAAUUCCAAAACAGACAAAAUAAAACCGAAAAGUAUUUUAAUUGAAAUAUAAUUCGUUUAUUUACUUUUGCAGAUGAAUUUUGGUAAAUUGGUCAUUUCCAAAGAAAACGAAACCAAAAAGAACUCUUAAGUUUAUCAAGAUUUAUUAAUCUGAAUAAAGCUAAUGAAAAGAUAGAACUAAAACAGAAGCAAACUUCAAUCCAAAGUUACCACUUCGAUAUGUUUGUAUCUUUAUUCCAAAAAUAUAAACAAAAUGGAAGCAAACCUAAAUCCAAAAGCUGUCAUAUUUUCUUUGCAGGUUUCACCAAAAAAGAAGUAUCAGAAAAUUGGACAACAUGACCAACUAACUAUGUGUCUAUAUAUAGAAUUGGUAUAUUUUCUUGUUUAUAAGCAAAAGAGACACAUGCUUAACUAUAUGGACGUGUGGUGUCUAUGACACGAGGUCUAGAGUUACAUUUUUGUGUCUUAUUGUGCAUCGAACUUAUACGAAAAAAUAAACUAAAUUUUAAUAUUUCACCGUUCUAAUCAACGAAAUUAAAAUUUAAAAUUCUCAACUAACCUAUUAAAAAUGCGCAUUGGUGACACAAAUUUUCAAAUUAAUUAACCUUAAAAAAAUCACCGUACUUAAUUCAAAACUAGUUGUUACAAAUGCCAUCAAAAUUAAUAUUGAUAAUACUUAAUAAACACAUAUGUUAAAUAUAUUUGAACAUGAAAUGAGAAUGUAUAUUUUAUCUGAAUCAACCAACUCUGUAGACCUAAUAGCAUCCAACCCAAGAAGAAUCGGUCUAUCAUUCUCCCUAAUGAUUUGGACUGAUCCGGCCCGUUUAAAUACGAUAAUGUUUGAUAUUGUAUAGUAGUAACAAUCUUGGGCUUCGUGUUGUUCGUUUUAAACUUUUUCGAGUAACCCAACAAUUGCGUAUGUGAACCGAAGAUAAUUUAUGCUCAACUAUCAUGAUCGACUAUGAAAUUUUAAAUUCAUAAAAAAAUUAUUUCGAAAUUAAAAAAAAAAUCAUCAUAUCCCACGAUCUCAUUAGUUUAUUUUGUUUUUGAUACCAUCAAGAACAUUAAUCUUUUAAAGAAAUUACUCUAGAUAAAGUUAAAUCUUCUUCAUUACCAUGUACCAAAUAUAUUAAAAAGCUAAAAAUCUCUAACCGAAUCUUCCAAAUUUCAUCAUAUAUUCAUAUCCCACGAUCUCAUUAGUUUAUUUUGUUUUUCAUACCAUCAAGAACAUUAAUCUUUAUAGAAAUUACUCUAUAUAAAGUUAAAUCUUCUUCAUUACCAUGUACCAAAUAUAUUAAAAAGGCUAAAAUCUCCAACCAACCAUUUUCCACAACUUCCACAAAUGAAAAAUAUGAAAAACUUUGAUUAACUAAAAUUUAAAGAGCGUCAAAAAUCUCCAACUGUCAACCACGUGAGGUGCACAUGCGUUGACGACCGUGAGUAGAAGACUCUCUUCGUCAAGCGGACAAGCACUUACAGCACAUGCACACACACAAGCCUCCUUUCUAAUUUGGUCCCCUUUCACUAAUUUAAUUCAUUUCAACUUUACGAUCCCUAACUACAUUUAGUAACUCUCUUACAUUAUUUUAUCAACCAAUGAACUAGUCAUAACCUCUCUUUCUCUUUCUUUCUUAAAGACUCUCCUCAAGAUUUUCCCCUAACUAUCAUAUUAACUUUUAUAGGGUUUAUCUUUUCAGGCAAAAACAAAUUAUGUACCGUCGUUCCUCCUCCAAGUCAACCGCUCCAGACGGCGGCGACGCCGAAAACAAUCCAUAUGAUGAAACUUCAGGUGGUUUCUCCUCCCUCGGUUCUCAAACUCACCAUAAUCUUCCACCUCCGCCGCGCCAGCAGCACAAUCCCAACGUCGUUGGGUUCGGUCAUCACUUGUCAGGCGAACCAUCUACCAUCGGACAUUCCGGCGCUUCUUCCUCUUCCUCUUCUUUGUUCCGACACAGAAGCUCUCCGGCUGGAUUCUAUGACCAACUUCUUCCCACUGAACCCAACGGUUUUUCCCUAGGGCAGCCAAACGGAGGAUACGGCGGAGGAAGAGGAGAAGAGCGAGGGCUAUCUAGGUUGAAGUCGGAGCAGAGAUUCUCAGGCGGGAGUAGUAGUAAUUAUCAAGAACAUAACUCUCUACCUAGAAUCUCGGAGGUACACGCGGCUGCGGCGGCUAUAAACAGUGCCACGUCGACGAGUAUGAGUUUUGGAAAUGAUAGUAACAUUUGGGACAGGUCGUCUUCUCAAAUCAGUUUCACCAUUGAUGAACCUGGAAAACGGUCCAAGACCACCGACUUUUUCACCUUAGAAACUCAGUUUAGCAUGCCACAAACGUCUCUGGAAAUGGCAAGAAUGGAGAGUCUGAUGAACAUCCCAGAGGGUUCGGUGCCCUGUAGGGUUAGGGCCAAGCGUGGAUGUGCGACUCACCCGCGUAGUAUAGCUGAAAGGGAUAGAAGAACGAGAAUAAGCGGGAAGCUGAAGAAGCUACAAGAACUGGUGCCUAAUAUAGACAAUCAAACGAGCUAUGCAGAAAUGUUGGAUUUGGCUGCUGAGCAUAUCAAAGGUCUUCAACACCAAGUAGAGUCACUAGAAAAGGGGAUGGAGGGAUGCACUUGUGGGGCGUGCAAGAAGCGAUGAUGAAAGAAUGAUAUGUUUCUAAAGAUGAUCGAAGAAAGUAUAGAAGAAAAAGAGACGAAGGAAUCAAUUCAAAGACAACAAACACAAUAAAAAAGAUUUUGAUUAUAUAACUUAAGCAUACUCAUUAUAAAUUCAGAACCGGUUGCAAGUUGAGUUCUUAUCUCUCUCGAAUCUCAAUAUAUUAUUUUAUAAGCCAAUCAGGAGUACAAUUGUCUAACACAUCAAUAAUAGAGAAAUUAAGACGAGGCAAAUUCUGCCAACACUAGAACAAAUUGGCUGGCCUGCCAAGCUUUAAAGUAGAAGGAAGGUUGAAGAAAGAUUCUGUAGUUUUAUACCUAGAUAAAAUACUUGUAAACAGAUCGUCAUCAUUAAAGAUAAAGAUGAGAAGCUGGUGGAGAGUGCUAUCGAACAUAUAGAAUCACUAUCCGAACGUAUUUCAGAGUCUGGAUAAUUUUGUUAACUCUCGUAUGUUUAGCUUUCAGGCCAUCACAAGCAUGAAAUACAACUUGAAGGCAUUCCAGGUAAUGAAUGCUUCGGUCUUGCCUUGUUGAACUUUGUAUCCAGACUCUGUAAGGGGAGACACUGAUGGCCUAGCUAGUCUCAUGGUUCUUGGUGUAUAUAUUUUUAUCUUUUGUAUGUCUCUAACUUGUUCUUCUUGUGUUAUAUACAUCAUAAAUGAUUCAAGGUGGCUACUUGAGAUAGAGGCUUGAAUUGAAGGAAAAUUAAAAUAGAUAUUUACAUAUAGAUUAUUGACAAAUUUUAAAUAUUAUAUAUAAUUUUAAACAAUCUUUCACAGUUGAAAAACAAAUUCUCAAGUAUCUUAAUGUUUCAAAUCUAUUCAAAUUUCAAUUUUCUUUAUAUUUAUUUGAACAAUAAAUAAUUAUUUUAGAUUUUUAAUCAUCUUUUUCAUAACCAUUAUAUUAAAUUAUUCAAAAUACUUGAAAAUAAUUAUUAUAAAAAUCUUAUCAAAACACCUAUAACCUAAAGAAAAGUCGAUAUCUUCAAAAUACACCUAAAUUCCCAUCAAAUCUAAAAACUUAUAAAAUUUUCUAAACCUCUAAUCCAAUAAGUAUUUUUAUUGCAAUAAAAAUGCAUAUAGAUUUCGUGAAUUCUCUUUUCUUCUUAUAUUUACAUUUUUUUUUCUCCCGAUAACUAUAAGUACAUCCACGUGUACUUGUCCCGCAGUCGGCCUCCUUGACGUGUGGGUCGAGUCAUCGUUUCACCGGUCUAGUGUUUGGACCGCCGGCCCGUGUAAUGGUUUCGUUUGUAGUUUUUUGCUUGUGGGCCUUGGUCAUUCGUUUAUGUAUUUGGGCUUUUGGCUGUGUACUCUGGGCUUGGCCUAUUCUAUUUAUUAAAAAUCAACCAGUUGGAAAAAAAAAACUAUAAGUACAUUUUACUUUUUUUUUUUUGUAACACUAAGUACAUCUUCCUAAAUCCUAAAGCCCACUAACCGAAUUAUUUCUUGCGUCCAUGGGAUCAUCCUCAAGCACGGUAAUCUUCUUCUCCUUAAUUAUGGCCUUCUUCUUACUUCCUCCGCUCCUGUUUCUUGUACAGAUCUGAAGUAACUUUUGUUUGCUAUAUGUUCGAACUUAACUUUUUGUGUAUUAUGAUUUGACUUUCAACAACAGCCACCAAGACCUUCUGUUGACAAUCUCGUAUACAAUUGUCAAAGAUUAGAUAUGUAAGUAUAACACACCUUUAGUUACUAUUGAAAGUUUUCCGUUUACCACUAUUGUUAUCCUCCAGAGAGGAGUUCUUCAAAGAAGUUGGCCAAGUUCUUAAUGUUUUUUUUUACUAAAUUGUAAAUAUCAUAUAAAUGAAAAAAAAUUUUACACAAGCAAGAUUUUAAGUUUGACACAUCUUGGCAAAAAGAAAGAACAAACAAGAUGGAUCAACAACAUCCAAUUCAAUGGACACCAUAAGCACUUAUCCUAACCAUAGAACCAUAAAUGAGCUGAAAAGCUUGUUCGAUCUCCUAGAGGAAAUAAUAUUCCGCAUCUUCCUGUGGAUGGCUCUGAAGACAUUAGUAGCUGGCAGAGAAACAUUGUUGUGGAUCAUAUUAUUUCUCUCUUUCCAAAGGUGAAAGACUACAGCUUGAAAAGCCAACUUCCUAAGCAGAAGAUUCCUCCUUAGGACAAGGAGGAACCUUGUAGAACACGAUGGCCGUUUCUGUGAAUUUGCCUAUGUUGAGUUUGCUUCGAUCCAAGAAGCAGACAAGGUUAGACUACUUUUUUUUUGCUAUUCCUCUGAAAGUUUAGAAUUUCAUACGAAUAAAUUUGCAAUACCAAAAAUAACAUUAUUUAAUAUCAUAAUUUCAAAAAGUUAAAUUUAUUUUAGUAUUAUUUUUAAUUAUUAUUUUUAAAUGUAAAACAAUUUAAAAGUAGUAUUGAAAACACACAACUUCUAUUACUGUGAAACUAAUAAAAUCUAAAAAAAAAACUUUUGAGGGAGUAUAUGAGUUUAUGAAAGCACAUUUCAUUUGACAAGUAAAGAUUUCUGAUUAAAUUGUUUUCUACUUUUAAGGCGAUGGCCUUUAACGGUUGAUCUUUGCUAGGUCGUGAGAUUCGUCUUCAACUCCACAAAGCAGGCACACUUUGAUGUUUUUUUCCAGUGUCUAUGUUAGGAUAUUAUAUGUUGAUAAUCUCGUAUGACUUUCAGCAAUAUCCAUCACAAACCCCUCGUCUUGUUCGCGCUCCAUCAUAAAUAAUAUAUGUUGAUAAUCUCGUAUACUAUUGUAAAAGAUCAAAUUGGAAGUAUAACACACCUUUUGUUAUUAUUUUUUUGUAAGUUUUCCAUUGAUCUUACUAUUUAAUUAUCCUCUCCAGCGAGGACUUCUUCAAAGAAGCUGGCCAAGUUGUUAAUGUUACAAUGAUUAUGGGACGCGAUGGCCAGACUGGCCAGUUCGAUGAAUUUGCCUACGUUGAGUUUUCUUCGAUUGAAGAAGCAGACAAGGUUAGUUUCCUAUAUGAAUUUUGAUGAAAGCACAUUUCAUUUUACAAUGUAAACUAUAGUUUGCUGAUUACAUCUUUUUCUACUUUUUAAAAGGCCAAGUCCUUUCACGGCAGAUAUUUGCUCGGUCGUGAGGUUCAUACCUGACUCCACUAAGCAGGUAAAUAAAUGUCUUUGUGGUUUCUUUGUUUAACGAUACUCUUGUCUUGUUUGAUACCUGAUAUUAACUCCUUUUUUCCUGUAGUGGCUCUCAUGGUUACUUUUCAAACGGAGAAUCAAUCAAGAAUAAUUCAUUAAGUGUUUUUCUUUUUCUUUCUAUCUUCUUCUUGACUUAUAAGUUCCAACUGUUUGUUCUUUUUAGAAUAAUUUUAUUGGGGAUUUUUUUUUUAAAUCUAAGGGACAACAUACACUUAUCUGGAAAGCAAAUUAAUUUUAGGAUACCCAAAAAGUUGAUUGGGAUCUACUAUAGAAACAACACUAAAGUAGAUCUUAUAAAAGUUGAUUAAUAAGAAGCUAAGCUGUUCAGAAGCUGAUGCUGGUUAUUGUUGUUCAUAGUCGAGAUCCGGAGAUCGGACGAUCUCGCUCUUCUGGUCGUUUCUUUCAACGUUAUUACCUAUCAAAGGUCAAAGUUUUGGAUUGCAAAACGGUUAGUUUAAUAUAGAUUUGUUAAACCGUUAGAGUAACCAAUAACCAAACCAAAUUGGUCAAAUUUACUUGACUUAACCGGAUCCAAUUGGUAGUAGUAAAUGGCAUUAUGUUUUGUCACUAAACUUGCGAGACGAUAAAAUAUUAUACCAUUUGAUCUAAUAUUAUGAUGUGUUGUGAUUCGUCAUCUGAGCUAGUAUUUAACAGAGAUGCAAAAUGAUUGUCGACAUUAUGGUCCGAUUGUUUGAGACUUGUAUUUUGCUGUCAAGGUUUUUUAGUUUGAAAUUUAUAGUUUUACUGUUAAAAUGUUGAAUGUGGCUUUAGAAAUACUAAAAAUUACAGAAUUGUAGUUUUAAGAAAAACAAACGACCUAAAAUGGCAAUCUUUGGGGGUGGAUGCAGUAGUGGAUGUUGGAGGAACAUUCACAUCAUUAGUGUAGACAAAGAUGAACAUAACGUAGAUGUAGUAGUGGAUGUAAUAGCAAAGAUGAACAUAAUUGAGAGUGAAGUAGUUGAGGAGAAAUGUGCAAUCUUUGUUGUUAUUGUUGUUUUGAGCUAUGGCUAUCGCGUAGUCUCUUUACAAGACCCACAACUAUCUGAGACAACUUUUCCUCUUCUUUCCUACCUUUUUCCCAUUUGUCCUUUAAUUUACACUCUAGAUUUAUAUUCUUCAAAAGAAUAUAUAUCUUCUCUAUUAAAAGAGUUGUAAUUACUUUUUA